AUGGGGCCGGAGAGUGAGGUGAAGCUCUUGAAGGACAGUGAGAAGAACAUUUCCGUGGACCUGAUGGCUCUCCUAGCGGUGACCCGAAAGAUCAAGGACGAGACCGAGAUCUACCAGUGCUCCGUCUAUGCUGCUGCGCUGCGGGACAUGGGCUUCCAGACGCGCGAAGCUGCGGAGUUCCUGAGCAUCUUCCUGCCAGUCACCGACGAAGGGGCGCAGCCACUGAUUUGUGAGGACUUGGUGAACCUGUUCACUCGCUCAUUCGAAAUGACCGACUCGGAGUGCCAAUCCUUGUACUCCAUUUUCGAGCAAGUGCUUGCAGAGGACAAAGGCGUGAUGGUGACCUCCAGCGUCCACUUGGCGGAAGGAGGUUAGGGGGAGAGCUUGGCUGAAGGAAGGGCGCCAAGUCACCCAGAGCUUUGAGCUUUCGAAUCCACCGAGAGAUCCAUAGACUGCCAGACUGCCAUAUAGAUGAGUUCGUCAGUUGGAAGAUUACUUGUCCGGCAACAAGGUUAUCAAACGCCCAGAGCCUACUUGACCAGGCGUUUGUACCGGGGGCGGGUAAGUAGCUCGCAUGUUGCCAUACCUCCUUCAUCUUGAAGACUCUACGGCCAUCGUGGCGUUGACACUCUUUGAGGUCCGCCUUUUUUCUACAAUUGCGUUACUGUUUUUGGUGGUUGGUAACCUGGUAAUUGCUAGUAGCCAAAGCCAAUCAGAACCGCUUGGUUAGGCAGAGUGCAUACCUCGAAGAAACAACCAAUUCCAAGACCAUCCCCAGUAGCAAGACUCCAGUCGAACAACCAUCUAUCUACCUGGAGUCAGCGAUAGAACCCAUUUGACACCUGGUUUCGCCCAAGGUUUAGUUGUUUAUAGUUGUUUGUGCAAUGUGCAAUAAGUUCGUACGAAUGUCAGUCUGUGUGUCACACAGCCAGGCAGCACACAGGGGGAAGGUGGCCCCAGAUUCAUGGAAAGAACAUGAUUAGCUGCUUAGCUUUUCCUUUGUCCUUGGCAGUUGGACUUGAGCACCUAGGCGGGCCCUCCACGUGAGGGCCUGGACUUUUUAGGCUUUAUGCUCCUCAUGCAUCUCGGCAGAUCUCGGGUCUGGCCCCCGGUCCUAAAAGGUGAAAAGGAAUGAGACCGUCGCGGUCCGUCGUGUGAAGUCUGACCGGAUUUGUCCCGGGUCCACUUUCCAGAGGCCCAGUAAUUCACAAGAGGCUCAACUUGAGCCUAUGGAGGCCAACUGAAGCCUAUGGAGGCCAAGCAAAGUCAGUUCAUUUUUGUGGAUUCAUACAGAGUUGAUCGGGAUGGGCGUGGCCGCCGAGCAGAAGUGAAUGACCCCCUACAGAACUGCUUCGGGCCCAGUUCUGUGCCGCGGAUCUGGGAGCGGAACCCUGCCGAGGGAUGAAGGUCACCUUGACAUACAUGACAUUGUAUGCUGGAGGACAACUCAAGUUUCAUAAAAACAGUGCCAAUGCGCUGCAUGAUGGGGCUGUCAAAUAUAUAUCGUUUGGGUUUGUCCUAUUACCUGCGCCAGUCAGUGAACAAUAGUCGCAUAUUAUUUGGACAAUGCCUUUACUAUCCAUCAUCAUCCACUGGUAAUAGGAUCGUCGGAUAGACCCGAGCACACACACGAUACUCGUUGGACUUGAACGUUUACGCAUGUCUACACGUUUUGGUUCGUUUUCUGUUCCUUUUGGUUCUUUUUCUUCUGAGCCGAGUGACUCAGCUCGAUCUUCCCCAUGACGAAGAAUUUGCUCCUAUCCAGGCGCAGGGUGAUCGAUGCGGGCAUCGGCAACAACUGGCCGCAGAGGGCAUCCAAUUAGGCUUCUCAUUUGGUGAAGCUGGAGAGGUGACAGAGGAUGGGUGAGGCGCAAGACCUGAC